AUGGCUGCACCCAUUUCCAACCAAAUCAAUGCAACACGAUGCAACAUCCUAGACAGUGGUAUCAGAGCCUUCCGACGCCAACGUUUUAACCCUGAGGCAAAACUAGACGUGUUCAGAGAUGCUGAUGGGAUUGGUGAGGGAGCAGCUGAUGAGGGUGGACCUACAAGAGAAUUUUUAACUUUGCUGAUGAGGGAAAUCCACUCAUGCGAAAUAUUUGAUGGAGAGGACUGGAAAAAAACACUUGCCUGCAAUUCCAAAGCACUGUACAAUGGAAUGUACAAACUAGUUGGACGGAUGAUAGCUGUGUGCCUGGUACAUGGUGGUGUGGAGCCACAUUUUUUUUCAGAAAGACUGUUCUGUCAGGUGUGCAACCUUCAGCCCCCAGUACCAGACCUUCAAGAGAUUGUGGACUACGACUUCAGAGCAAAGAUGACCAAGAUCCAGUCGGCACAGAAUGUAAAUGACGCACAGUGUGCUAUCAUGGAGGCGUCUGACCAAUUAAGUAUGCUGGGGUCUCUAUGGCACAUCCAGACGUUAGAGGACAGAGACAACUUGGUGGAAUCGGCUACCAAGUUUUUCACUGAGAACAAGUUGAGGGAUUCCUUGGAACAAUUUAAAGAGGGCCUGGAGUGUCUUGGGCUUUUGCCUUUGAUGCAAAAGCAUCCUGAGCUCUUUAAAGAG